UAUCAAGCCACCAUCGCAACUAGCUAUAGGUUUGGGGUUUACAUGCCAUGAUCGUUGGGUGAUAAGCUGGUUUAAUAUUUGAGACAUUGAUGGGCUGCUAUCUAUCUAAGGCUGGCAAAUUCUCAGAUGCAAAAUGGACAUCUCCUCGGACUGUAAGUUAGAAUUUCAUGGCAAGCAUAUAUGGGCUUCAUUAUACGAAUACAGAAGUCCCAUUCAAUUUAGUCAUCAAUAUCUUCCGCGGUCUACCUUUAUCCCAGUGCUUUUAGACCAACUGUUUUGCUUUUGAACUUAAUCCUAUCGAUUUGAAAUCCUCACACAUGGCACCAAAUUUUUUGAGGCUACUCAUAGCCUCGCCGGAAAUCAAUCCCAUCAACCAAAAAGCAAGAUCGAUCCCUAUAUUAAACCCAUUCGAUAAAUAUGGAAGGGUCUUCUUUUUCUCCUGGCUGGGAUUCUUCGUUGCGUUUCUCUCGUGGUACUCUUUCCCGCCGCUGUUGGCCGUUACAAUUAAAAAAGACCUUCACCUAAGCCAGACCGAUAUUGCCAACUCUAAUAUAAUUGCUUUACUAGCAACUCUUCUUGGUCGAUUUUUCUCUGGGCCACUAUGCGAUCGCUACGGACCACGGUUGGUUUUUGUUGGCAUAUUGCUGGCCGGCGCCAUACCAACGGCCAUGGCGGGUCUGGUUACAAACAUCCAUGGCCUCAUGGCGUUAAGGUUUUUCAUCGGCAUUCUGGGUGCCAGCUUCGUGCCAUGCCAAGUUUGGACAACUGGGUACUUCGAUAAAAACGUCAUUGGCUCUGCAAAUGCCUUGACAGCGGGCUGGGGAAAUGCAGGAGGAGGUAUCACAUACUACGUGAUGCCUGCGGUCUUCGAUUCUCUAGUCCAGCACAGUGGACUUGCUCCCCACAAGGCAUGGAGGGUGGCAUACAUUGUCCCGUUUAUCAUUAUUGUCGUUGUUGCUCUAGGGAUGCUAUUCACUUGUGACGAUACACCCAGCGGCAAAUGGGCCGACCGUGCCAUGCCCAUGGCAGGAGGCUCAUCCGAUAGCAGCAUCCGAGGUGAAAUAGACACGCCGUCUUCAGUAUCCAUUGCUAAGGAUAUCAACAACAUCAAUGAGAAACACCCACAGACGAUUUCAGAUAUUGAAUCUCAGAGCGACGGCACAACAUACCUUGACCUUGCCAAGAGCGAGUUCAUUGUUCCCCCGACCACUAAGGAGAUUAUGCACGUUGUGAUUAGCCCUCAGACAUUCGCCCUCUUUGGAGUAUACGCAUGCUCCUUUGGGACUGAGCUCGCCGUCAACUCUAUACUCGGUUCAUUCUACGAAAGAAAUUUUCCCCACCUUGGACAGACGGAAGCUGGGGAAUGGGCAGCCAUGUUUGGGCUUCUCAAUGUUCUAUUUCGGCCAUUGGGUGGAAUAAUAUCCGAUCUCAUUUACAAGACGACCCAAUCCGUUUGGGCAAAGAAAAUUUGGCUUAUAUUCCUCGGCGUGGCAGCAGGUACUCACCUGAUUGCGAUCGGGGUAUCGAAUCCCAAAACCGAAGCCACCAUGUUUGGCCUCUUCGUAGGCUUGGCUGUAUUUAUGGAGGCGGCCAAUGGAGCAAAUUUCUCCCUUGUGCCUCAUGUAUACCCAGCAGCAAAUGGUAUCGUUUCUGGCACAGUUGGAGCUGCCGGGAACUUCGGAGGAAUCAUAUUCAGCAUAAUUUUCCGGUACAACGGGACGCAUUACGAUAGAUCGAUUUGGAUAAUUGGUGUCAUAUGCAUCGUUGUCAAUAUGUCUGUGUUUUGGAUUAGGCCAGUUCCUACUUUGCACAAAUAGGCAACAUUUUCUUUAAUUUGGAUUUUUUGUUUGCCUAGAAUAGCGUUGUUUAAAAUACGUGGCCAUUAGUUAGAAAUAGAACGAGCCUCAAAACC